UUAUUGUAGACGUCUAAGAUCAAAUGAGUUUUGUGACCUUUAAAAUUAUAGUGACUAUUACUAUUAGCUAUUUGGAUUACAAAUAGAGGUUACUAAAAUGCAUACAAAGAAAGCUAUCAGUAAAGGAAAGCUUAAGAAGACUAUAAAAAAUGUUUUAUGCCGCCCCGAUAAAGUAUUUUGGUAGGUUACAGUAUUCCCAUUGCCCCUUUUAAAUUAUGGGGAGAAUUAAGUUGGAACAACAAUUGAAUUAUGUCCUUUGUUUUGUAUUCUCUAAAAUUAUUUAUUAUCACAUCAAUUCCUAUUUUUUAUUUAUACAGGCCUUCAAUAUCAGAAGAUAAUACAAUGUUAGUGAAUAAAGCCCUAAACAGUUAUAAGAUUGAUAAACCACGCUUUGAAAAGCUUCAUUGGAAAGAUCUGAAACAAAUUCCCAAAGAUAAAAGACCUAAACCUCCAAAAAUGAAAAAAAUAGAAGGUUUAUUAUUUGGUAUAUCAGAAUGCUUCAAUGCAGUUAAUUCAAAAAAAUGUGCAGCGGUGAUCAUGGAGGCAUCUAUUAAUCCAAGAAUCAUAGUUCAACCAAUUCUUGAAGCAUGUGUAGAAUUGAGCAUACCUGUUAUUUGUGUUAAUGGUUUAAGGACAACAAGUUUUACUAAUUUUAAUAUACCUACCAGUUGUCUUGGUAUAGAAUGUGGUUGGCUACCAGAAUUACAUAAUUUGGUUUUAGAAAUAGCUAAAGAGUACAAUGUUGCAAAAGAAGAUAAGAAAAUUAAACAAGAAUUGAUGGAAACUGCACCAUUAUUGGAAUCUGUUAUGGACAGUAAAAAUGAGGUCACUUUAUUUCCCUACUUAUAUAGAACAGAUAAAAAAUCAAGAAUUUUUGUGCCAUCUGGACAGACAGGAAAUGUUUUCAAAAGUAUCCAGGCACUUAAUGGUCAAGAUUUUAUAAAAAUAAAAGAUGAGUCCAAUCAACACACAAAGGAUAACAUAUACAUGCAAAUGAUUGUCAAACGAAUAUCAAAUAAUCAAAAUAGAGCAAAGACUAAAAAACUAUGAUAAUAAAAAACUCAUUUAAAGAGAAAUAUACUUUAUUUUUUAUUAUAAUAAUUAUAAGUAUUAUAAUUUCUAUAAUGUCAAAAAAGACAAAUAUGUUAAGCAUCCCUAUAGGAAUGUAAAUAACUAUCAAUACUCAGAAACACUUCAUAUAUGUGAGCUGUUUCUGAAUGCUGAAUAUGAUCAAGUUUUACCAAGUUUUCUUUAUCCAAGCAAUAUAUAUUGGUAAAAAUUGAUGAUUGAAUCAUUAAGACUAAUAUCAUGCAAUGCUCCAUAAAAUUCUAACUAUAUAAUACACCAAUCUUAUGGAGUAUAGCAUGCAAGUAGAUAUAUUUAUCUUACAUUUCAAUUGAUGCAUUGCAUUUAUAGUUUUAUAAAGUUCAAUUUAAUAAAAAUCAAACAACAAAUUGUGUUCAACAUUAAACACUUAAUUAUAAUGACUAUUUAGUUUAUGAUAUCUGGCCCUUUUACAUGAUAAAAUAUAAUAGAAAUUACUGAUCAUGUUAAACAAUAUAACCAAGAACCUUUUAAGCAUUAAAUUUAUGAUAAUGAUUUCUUGAAGAGUACCAAAACAUAUAAUUGUUAUCACCUGAAUAGUUACAAUCUAAUAAUAACUAGCUAACUCUUGUUUUGUCAAAAAUUGGAUACACAGU